AUGAUAGGAACUUUAGCAGCAUUAGUACCAGUUGUAUAUGAUUUAUUUCUUGUUGAAACCUUACUUGAACUUGUUCGAUAUAAUAAAGUAAUGUGAUAUUAUAAGAAAUAGUCCCCAUUCGAAUAAUUAAAAUUCCUAAAACAUUUUAUUAAAUGAGAGUGAACAAAACAUGUUCUUCCAUCAGGUCUCAAAUAUCGUAGAAACUCGAAAGUAUGUAUAGGUGUAAUUUUUCUCCUCAAUCGAA